GAUCAUUCUUGGGAAGCACAUAAAGGGGACUUGUCCCUGGACGAAAAUAAAGUGGAACGUAUUCGUUCUAGAACUUCUGAUCUAAGUCCGUCAAAAGGAAGGGCUAGCCGCAGCGCUGGGAGAGGGCGACGGAGUGUCACGCUGCAGCAGUUGUUAGACGUUGCACAGGAAUUGCGGAAGUGGG